AUGCCGGCCGACGACGACGACGCGUGGGCCGGGGAGUCGCUGGCCGCCUUCCUGGAGGUGGUGCUGGUGCUGCUGAUGCGCGCGGGCUUCGCCGCCACCCACGCCGCGUCGGCGCCCGCCGUGCCCGCCGACCUGGCGCUGCUGCACCACCUGGUGAACCUGGGCGCCGCCUCCGUGGCGCACUGCCUCGCCGGCCACGCCGCGGCGCACAGCCUCGACCCCCGCAAGGUGGGCGGCAUGUGGCUGCCGGCGACGGCGCGCGAGUGGCAGGCGGCGGCGCACGGCUGGAGCGCGGCGGCCGCCUCCACGGCCGUGCUGGGCGCGGCGGCGGCAGGGCGCAUGCACCUGGCGGGGCACGCGGCGGCGGCGGCGCUGCACGCCGGCCUCGUGCUGCCCCUGCUGGCGCGCUGGCGCGGCUCGGGCUGGGCGCGCCAGGACGCCGGCGGCGGCGUGGCGGUACACGCGGCUGGGGGCGCCGCGGCGCUGGCGGCCUCCCUGCUCCUGGGCCGCCGCCUCGUGUUCCCGCGCGAGCUGGAGCCGUCGUGGCGCGUGCAGGCGCCCGCCGCCGCCGCGCUGGGCCACGCGCUGGUGGCGGCGGGCGCCGCGGCGCUCUGCCUGCCGGCCCCGCGCGCGGCGGCGGCGGCGCUCAACUCGGCGCUGGCGGCGCUGGGUGCGGUGCUGGCCGCCGUGCUCUUGGCGGUGCUGGUCCACGACGAGUGGCAGCCGUACUGGACCGUGCUGGGCGUGCUGCAGGCGGCGGUGGCGGGCGUCGUCACCGUCUCCUCCGGCGCCAACAUUUUCACGCCCGGGGUGGCGCUCCUAGUGGGCGCGCUGGGCGGCGCGGCGGGGGCGGAGACCUCGCGGCUGCUGUUCCGCAUAGUGGUGGAGGACCCGGCUGGCGCGCUGUCCUCGCACCUGGCGUGCGGCGCGCUGUCCGGCCUGCUGCCGCCCCUGCUGGGCUCCGGCGGGGGCCGCCUGCCGGGCCAGGCGCUGGGCGUGGCCGCAGCCCUGGGCGUCUCCUCCGCGGCGCCCGCCCUCCUGCUGGCGGCGCUGCGGGCCGCCGGCUUCCUGCGCACCGCCGAGGAGCAGAGGCAGCACCGCCGCGCCGCCCAGCCGCGCGGCAGGGACACCGCCUUCUUCCGGCGGCUGUACCCGCGCGGCGAGCGCGUCGCGCCCGGGGUCGACUACGACGACUUCUUCUAG